AUGUCUGAUCUUCGUCAUAGGAUUCUCCCUCCAAUUUUCCUAUCAGAAAAUCCUAAGGAAGCUGGCUUUUGUCUUUGGUUACUGCAUCCUGAACCGUCAUCACGUCCAACAACGAGAGAAAUACUUCAAUCUGAAUUGAUUAAGGGAUUGCAAGAGUUGUUUAGUGAGGAAUUGUCAUCAAGUAUUGACCAAGAAGAUGCGGAAUCAGAAUUGUUAUUGCAUUUCCUCGUUUUGCUAAAAGAGCAGAAGCAGAACAAUGCUUUCAAACUGGUAGAAGAAAUCAACUGCUUGGAAUCAGAUAUAGGAGAGGUGGAGAGGAGGCAUGACUCAAGAAAUUCCUUGGUUUCCUCUGGCUUGCAGAAUGAUUACUCUUUUCAAAAAGAUAUUAUGCCUCUUAAGAAGGAAUCUUCAAGUUUAGAAAUGUUGCCUUCGGUAUCCCCAAUCUCUAAUUCAAAUGAAGUGAGAUUGAUGAGAAAUAUAUGCCAUCUUGAAAGUGCUUAUUUUUCCAUGAGAUCCAAACUUCAACUUUCUGAAACAGAUGCUCCAACUCACCCUGAUAAAGAUAUACUAAGAAAUCGUGAGAAUUGGUACAUGCCCCAAAAAAACGAGGAACAACCUAAAAGGAAAGAUACUUUAGGGACAUUCUUUGAUGGUUUGUGCAAGUAUGCGCGAUAUUGCAAGUUUGAAGUUCGAGGUGUGCUAAGAAAUGCUGAUUUUAACAAUCCUGCAAAUGUAAUUUGCUCUCUAAGCUUUGAUCGCGAUGCAGAUUACUUUGCUUCAGCUGGGAUAUCUAAGAAAAUAAAAGUUUUUGAGUUUAGUUCACUUUGCAAUGACUCAGUUGAUAUUCAUUAUCCUGCGGUUGAGAUGUCAAACAGAUCGAAACUAAGCUGUGUUUGCUGGAAUAACUAUAUUAAGAACUAUCUUGCUUCUACAGAUUAUGACGGUAUAGUGAAGUUAUGGGAUGCUAGUACAGGUCAAGAAUUUUCUCAAUACACUGAACAUGAGAAGAGGGCUUGGUCUGUUGACUUCUCUGUUGUAUGCCCCACGAAAUUUGCCAGUGGAAGUGAUGAUUGUACUGUCAAGCUGUGGAGCAUCAGUGAGAGAAACUGUUUAGGCACAAUCAGGAAUGUUGCUAAUGUCUGUUGUGUUCAAUUCUCUGCACAUUCCUCCCAUUUGCUCGCCUUUGGAUCUGCUGAUUACUCAACAUAUUGCUAUGAUCUUCGCAAUCUUAGAAGUCCCUGGUGUGUUUUGGCUGGCCAUCGUAAGGCCGUGAGCUAUGUCAAAUUCUUGGACUCUGAAACACUAGUUUCUGCUUCUACCGAUAAUACAUUGAAGAUCUGGGAUCUCAAUAAAACCUCUCCUGUGGGUUCAUCCAUUAAUGCUUGCAGCCUAACCCUGUCAGGACACACUAACGAAAAGAAUUUUGUGGGUCUGUCAGUGGCUGAUGGAUAUAUAGCAUGUGGUUCAGAAACAAAUGAGGUUUACACCUACUAUAGAUCGCUUCCUAUGCCAAUCACUUCGCACAAAUUUGGGUCCAUUGAUCCCAUUUCUGGUAAAGACACAGAGGAUGACAAUGGACAGUUUGUUUCAAGUGUAUGCUGGAGAGGGAAAUCAGACAUGCUUAUUGCAGCUAAUUCAAGUGGAUGUGUGAAAGUGUUACAGAUGGUUUAA